ACACACAUACUCUCACACACUCACACACUCACACACACACACUCUUCUGUUUUCUUCCCAAACUCUUUGAACUGAAUGACGACGUCAAGGUGUGAGGUCACGUGUUUUACCAAUAGCAGGUAAACCCGCCGCAGGUUUCCGUGUGUGCAAUCUGCGCAUCUCGGUCUGCGCACCGCGCGGAUUUUUACGUUUGGUUAUGACGCAACAAGUUUUUCACAAGCUUCGUCACUUCGGGAUUUAACGGGAUGACUCCGGUUCGUGACGGUGAUGUCGGAGGCCGUAACGGAAACCCCCAGAGCGGCGCGUGCAGAUAAAAGGUCCAAACUGCUGCAAAUGGAAGCUGAAGGAGAAUUUACCGAGUUCACUGGCGGACCGACACCGACACCGACACCGACACCGAGACACAGACAGCCGCCCUGACAGACAUGAAGAGCCUGAGAGCCAUCAUCCUGCUCCACUACUUCCUGUUUGCAGUCCAAUCAGCUCCCAUCAGCUCGUCCGGCCCCCUGCCGGCGUUCAGAGAGGCGGCUGAGCGAGCGAAGACGCUGGUGGAGAAAAUCCUGAGAGACAUCCCCACCGUGCACGCCGCCACCAUCCACACGCAGGGUUUGACGCUCGACUCCGCCCACACAGCCAACCUGCAGAUGAUGAUGACAUCACUGGACAUCCCCGCCGCCCCCGUCCUCAAACCGCUGUCCGAACGCUUCACGCUGGACGUCUGUGUGAGUCGUAUGGCGGCGGGCAGCCAGCUGUACCAGGGGCUGCUGGGAGUUUUGUGUGAGCGAGUGGGCGGGCUGAGCGACCUGCGCGCUGACCUCAGAGACCUGCUGACACACGUCAACAAGAUGAAGGAGGUGGCUCAGCUCGGCGGCGCCGCUGAACAGAACCAUAGUCCGAACCUGGCCUCCCGUCUCCAUGGAGACUACGAGGUCCAGGUGGCGGUCCACCUGACGCUGACGCAGCUCCGGUCGUUCUGUCACGACAUGAUUCGCAGCCUGAGAGCCGCCGCCACACAAAGGCCCCGCUAAGCCCCGCCCACGCUGUGUUCACCUGGGACCUGGACAGACAGCUGAUGACGUCUCCGACAGGACGGGGACGCCUGAAACACUCAGACAACCAUCACACAACCAUCACACAACCAUCAGGAAUUUAAAAACUUUCCAGGAAUUAGAGCUGAUCUGAGAUCUGCAGGUCUGAACCUGUCCGAUACCCGAAACCUGCAGCUGCUGAAGAACCAACAAACGUGACAUGUCCUCUGUUAGGGCUUCUCAGGACGCCUCCAGGACAUCUCAGGGCUUCUCAGGGCUUCUCAGGACGUCUCAUGGCUUCUCAGGACGUCCCAAGGCUUCUCAGGAUGUCUCAGGAUGCCUUCAGGACGUCUCAGGAGGUCUCGGGGCUUCUCAGGACGUCUCAGGACAUCUCAGGGCUUCUCAGGACGUCUCAGGGCUUCUCAGGGCUUCUCAGGACGUCUAAGGACAUCUCAGGGCUUCUCAGGACGUCUCAGGGCUUCUCAGGACAUCUAAGGACAUCUCAGGGCUUCUCAGGACGUCUCAGGGCUUCUCAGGAUGUCUCAGGGCUUCUCAGGACGUCUAAGGACAUCUCAGGGCUUCUCAGGGCUUCUCAGGAUGUCUCAGGGCUUCUCAGGGCUUCUCAGGACAUCUUCAGGACGUCUCAGGGCUUCUCAGGGCUUCUCAGGAUGUCUCAGGACGUCUCAGGGCUUCUCAGGACGUCUCAGGACAUCUCAGGAUUUCUCAGGGCGUCUCAGGGCUUCUCAGGACGCCUUCAGGACGUCUCAAGGCUUCUCAGGACGUCUCAGGACGUCUCAGGACGUCUCAGGGCUUCUCAGGACGUCUAAGGACGUCUAAGGACGUCUCAGGGCUUCUCAGGAUGUCUCAGGACGUCUCAGGACUUCUCAGGACUUCUCAGGACGUCUCAGGACAUCUCAGGGCUUCUCAGGGCUUCUCAGGACGUCUCAGGACGUCUCAGGGCUUCUCAGGAUGUCUCAGGGCUUCUCAGGAUGCCUUCAGGACAUCUCAGGACGUCUCAGGGCUUCUCAGAACGUCUCUGGAUGAGAUCAGUCGCUGAACGGAAAGAACAAAUCAGUCGAAUCGAUCAAAUGUAACAGUCAGCGCUUCCUGUUGUCUAGGUUUCACAAUAAAAGCCUCUCCAUUGGUGAACUAGGCUUUUAUUGUGAAGCUGCUACAUGAAAUGCAUUGUGUUGGUGCUGCCGCUCUCUUUAACUUCACCAAAACGUUGCAGCAACGUUAUUUCUACGUUCGUAUUUGAAUGUUUGUGACACGAGCAGUUAAAGGAGCAAACACUUGACUGUUUGUAUAAUGUUUGUAUAAUGUUUGUAUAAUGUUUUUAUAAUGUUUUUAUUUAUUUCUGAUAUUUAUUCUUUAUUUAUUGCAGAGCUUCCCAAACUUUUUAAAUGUAUCUACUUUUUAUGUUUUGUUACAAUUGUGGAAUGUAAGAAUAUUCUGUUUCUAAAAGUUUUUAAAUUUGAUUGAUUUGAGUUCUGAAAAUCAUCUUGUGACACCCCCAGUUAUUGAACUGUUUGUCUGGAUGCUUUUAUUUUGGAGGAGCACAGGAGGCUCAGAAGACAGACAGACAGACAGACAGACAGACAGACAGACAGACAGACAGACAGACAGACAGACAGACAGACAGACAAGAACAGGAAGUAAAAAGUUUCUUAAGUUAAGCAACAAGAGUGAUGAUGUCAGAGAAACGUGUGUGUUUGAACAGGAAGUUGUUUUAUUUAAUUUAUUUUGCAGCAAAAUUAAUGAGAAUAAAAGUUUAAUUUGUAA